GGCAUUGGCGUUAAGCGCACCCGCACUCUCGAGCUUGUCCAAAACAGAUUCGGCAUGUUCAAACUGCUGCUCGUUCCCUUUGCUCUGGAAAACAAAACGAGCGCGCCGCCACGCUUAACGGCUGCCUCAACUGAUGAAGAAUUUUCCUCCGUGAACUGCUUCUUAAAGUUGUCGAGCGGGAGUCGAUUAAAGACGAUAUCUGCAUGGUAACGGAAGCCAUCGAAUCAGCUACAGCCUGCUGCACUAAAGAAUGAAAACCAUCAGAACCAGCGUUAGAAGAACCUUCUUUCUCGCAAAUCGGGAGCAACUUGUCCCGGAAGGGGCAUCUUUGCGUCUUCUUGUGCCUAACAAAAAAUUAUCUGCCUGGUACAGCGUACUGGAGCGAGAGUGACAAACAGCAUACAUUAACAAAUAUAUAUAGCCACAUAGCACAAUAGAUAAUUAACUAACACCAAUAAGGGGUGAUAAUACCAACAUGCCCAAGAAAUAACACGUAGAAAGUCAUUAUCUCCUAUACUCCGUACCGGAGAUAAUUUGCAUUCCUGAGAUAUGCGCCUUUUAGAAAUCAACAUUUAUCACGAGAAGCCCUCAUUAUUUUUGUUACAUACCUCUCUUAAGGUGGCUCCGUAAUUAAUACAAGAGCAUUUAGCUGUGACAAAUUUUCCGUCAUAACUUUUUGGUUAUUAACGCGAUGGCUGCGAAACUUUGCAAAGAACAACAGAUAUCAUUCGGCAAUAACACGAAAUAUUCCGAUUUCAUUGAUGGUAAAUAUUUCUUGAGAAAUUAGCGCUUAAAAGGACCCUACUGUUCAAAGAAAAUCGCGUCUAGUAAAAAAUUUUGCUGAUAUUUUUACUGAAAUUUCUGGUAUCGGCUUUAAUUGAUAUAAUAAAUAUGCCAGAGGAAUUUCAGAAAAAUCGUUGGAGUAGAAGUCCGAAACUAAAAAGUCGCUCAAAAUUCAGCUGUGAAAUUGUUUGGAAUUUCAAAAAUAAAUUACUAUCGGGUGAAGGAGCCACCAGUUUGAAUUUUUCGUGACAAGUAAAUUCAACGUUUUCUAAUUCUUAAAACAAAAAGCCGAUUGCCUAUCGUGCUAUUCUUUAAAAGGUACUGUUUAGUUGUAGAAGCACUAUAAAUUGCUCCAAACCUUGCUCUGAGGUAGAAUUACUUGUUCUUGACAUUUUUAAAAUAUCCCAUGGCAGUUUUGGUUCAAACUCCUGCUGCAUACAUUUUGAUGUAUUGCAAUACAUUUUCAACGACUUUUACUUCUGUUCGUUUGCUUCCAACUCAGGAAAAAAAAGUAUUGAGAUUGACGCUAUUUACCAGAGCUCAGAUAGAACUGUCCAGCACCUUUGUUUAUGACUACAAAAUGAGCACGGCGGCAGUUCUGCGUGGAAUUCGCACCUCACACAGGGGGCGAGCGACAUCGAUGACCAUGCCUGUGAACCGAAUAACAUCACAGUCCAAAAUAAAAUUAUCAAAAAAUACUGCCCGUGAAUAAAUUUACAACUCUGGAAUUUUUGUCACUCCUUCCCUCAAUGAAUGGGUAUUUUUCUUGAUUAUUAUGUUUUGCUCUGCAAUACAUGUUUAUACAGAUCGGUUCACAGACAUGGGCAUCAUUGUCAUUCGUCCCCCCUGGCUGAGGUGCGAAUUCACAAGUGCCGCCGUGCUCAUUUUCUGGUCAUAAACAAAGGUGCUGGACAGUUCUAUCUGAGCUUUGAUACAAGGUAGCUUACAAUCCCAAUACCUUUUUCCUGAAUUGGAAACAACGACAGCAGGGAAAAGCCGUUGAGGAUGCAUUGCAAUACAUCAAAAUGUGUGCAGCAGGAGUUUGAACCAAAACUGCCAAGGGAUAUUUUAAAAAUGUCGAGGAACAAGGACAACAAGUCAUUCGAAGUCAGAGCAAAGUUUUGAAGCAAUUUAUAGUGCUUCUAAAACUGAACAGUAAUUUUUAAAGAAUAGCACGAUAGGCAAUCGGCUUCUGUUUUCAGAAUUAGCAAACACUGAAUUUACUUGUCCCUAAAAUUCAAACUGGUGGCUCCUUCUCGCUGAUGGUAAUUUAUUUUUGAAAUUCCAAAACAAUUUCACAGCUGAAUUUUGAGCGACUUUUAGUUUUCGACUUCUACUCCAACGAUUUUUCUGAAAUUCCUCUGGCAUAUUUAUUAUAUCAAUUAAAGCCGAUACCAGAAAUUUCAGUAAAAAAUAUCAGCAAAAUUUUUUACUAGACGCGAUUUUCUUUGAACAGUAGGGUCCUUUUAAGCGCUAAUUUCUCGAGAAAUAUUUACCAUCAGUGAACUCGGAAUAUUUCGAAUCAUUGCCUAAUGAUAUCUGUUGUUCUUUGCAAAGUUUCGCAGCCAUCGCGUUAAAAACCAAAAAGUUAUGACGGAAAAUUUGUCACAGCUAAAUGCUCUUGUAUUAAUUACGGAGCCACCUUAAAAUGCGACAAUGUUAAUUGCCCAUUCAGAGAAGAGGUUUCACAGCACUCUUCUUAAGAAGCUAGAAUUUUGUAUUCACCAUCCCACUAUAAAUUAUGUAACACUUCCCUUAGUCCUUCAGAAAUUUUUUCUCGGUAUUUUCACCCUUAGAAAUUAACAUUUUGGUUAAAAAUUCUUCAGAAAAGUUUCUCUCUUGGUAUUGACCCUGAUCGCCUGAGGGGUGGGGGGUGGGGGAGUGGAUGCAAAAUGGAAUGGUUAGGAAUGGCCCCCAUAGCAGGGGCGGAUCCAGGAUUUUUUUUAGGAGGGGGUGCACUCGUCUCUUGCUCUACUUCAACACCAAUAAACCACAUAGUUUUGUUUUUUGCAGAAUACAAGUUGUAUUAGAAAACUGCAAGUCGGGGGGGGGUGCGCACCCCCUGCACCCUCCCCCUAGAUCCGCCCCUGCAUAGAGCAGGCACUAAUAAGAGCUGGAGAGGUGGAAGGUUGGAGAUUCGAAGGGGACUGGGGUGAGGUUGCUCCAUGGGUAUGAUAGUGGAGAUUUAUGAGGCCCUCCUGGGGGGAGGGGGGUAACGUAUGGCCCUUGUCUUUCAAAACCUGUCAUUUCACAUAUUGAAGAGGAAGUCAUGUCGCUUUUUGAUAUUUUAUUAUUUUUAAUUGCACUUUUCUCUGUGGCUGUCACAGUUUCAGCCCAUCUUUGUAUCAUUUGCCGCCAUUUCUGCUGUCCAAUGUCGCUGUUUCAAGCUCAUGUCACUUGUCAGAAUUUGUCUUUAACAUGGCCUCAUUUAUCAAUUCCAAUGAAAGUUUCUUCUUGUAUGAUUGUGUCUUGUGUCCUCCAUUUCUUCAGAAAAGUUUCUCUCUUGGUAUUGACCCUGAUCGCCUGAGGGAUGGGGGGUGGGGUAGUGAAUGCAAAAUGGAAUGGUUAGGAAUGGCCCCCAUAGAGCAGGCACUAAUAAGAGCUGGAGAGGUGGAAGGUUGGAGAUUGGAAGGGGACUGGGGUGAGGUUGCUCCAUGGGUAUGAUAGUGGGGAUUUAUGAGGCCCUCCUGGGGGGAGGGGGGUAACAUUUGUCCCUUGUCUUUCAAAACCUAUCAUUUCACAUAUUGAAGAGGAAGCCAUGUCGCUUUUUGAUAUGUUAUUAUUUUUAAUUGCACUUUUCUCUGUGACUGUCGCAGUUUCAGCCCAUCUUUGUAUCAUUUGUCGCCAUUUCUGCUGUCCAAUGUCGCUGUUUCAAGCUCAUUUCACUUGUCGGGAUUUGUCUUUAACAUGGCCUCAUUUAUCAAUUCCAAUGAAAGUUUCUUCUUGUAUGAUUGUGUCUUGUGUCCUCCAUUUUUCUUCAGAGUAGUACUGCUCUGCUUAUUUGAACGGCUAUUCCAUGUGCCGAACAGGCCUAGGAAUGGAUAGGAUUCAAAAAACUUAUGUUGUUUUUGUUUGAUAUACCUUCAUAAAGUUUUUCUUCUGAAUUUCAUCCUACCUCUAGGGAAAACAGGUUUUCUUUGUUACUAAUAACAGUUCCAAGUCAAGAGCAGAAUAUGUCAAAAAGUUUGAGAAGUUUGGAAUUCAAGCUAGCAUGGUAUGGUCAUUUUCAGUAAUCUUUCUGGAGUUUACACAGUUUCUUAAUAAUGUUGUUUUAUUUUUAUUUCUAUUGGUGGUGCUUAAAUUUGAUGAAUGUGUGGAGCAAAACAUAGAAUGAAUAAUUAUGUUUUCUUUUCAGAUUAGUUUGUUUAAGCCUUAUGAGAUCAUUGCAGCCCUCCCUUAUGCCCCUGCGAACUAAAUGUUGUCCAAAGGGUAGCCUGGUAGCAUUGGGUAGACUGGUUAACCGUGUAGCCCAGGGAUACCUGAGGGGGUGGGGUGGGGUUACAAAGGGGCAUGUCCUUUUGAAAGGGGUGGGGAUGCUUGUCGUACAAUUGGAGUUAAGCACCUAAAUGAGAGCAAUCUGGACAUGGCUUGAACUUAAAAUUACCCCUAAAGGAUACCAUUUUUAAACAUACAGGCCAAUGAUCUGUAAUAAUUUAAAUUGAGAUUGUCUGAUAAAGAUGUGUAUGUUAUAUGACACCCCAUAAUACUAGUAACGCAACAGAAUGUUCCAGGUAGAGUCAUUACAUUAUAAGUCUAGUCUCAUGGACGUCAAGAUGGUCUGGUCUGUGCAGUCCUUUGUCUGUUAAAGGGGAAGGGGGGGAGGUUGCAGGUAGGCUUGAGUCCAGUAAAAAAAAUCUCCAAAAAUGGAAAGUAUUCUCUGUUUAAUAAUAUAAUAGAAACUGAGUUUCCUUCCUGUCCAUAUAGGAGGAAAUUUAUGGCACUGCAUUUGCUGUGGCAUUUUACUUAAAGGAGAUUCUCAAAUUUGAUAAGAAAGUUUAUACUGUUGGCACAACAGGGAUGGUGGAAGAAUUUGAUGCCUUGAAAAUUCCUCAUACUGGUUCUGGAGUAAGUCAGUUUUUCGUUAAUUUUAUUAAAAAAAACGAGAAGUGAGGUUCUUUAUGGAACCCUAUACGAGUAGGAUUCUGUCAUUCCUCUCAGAUAAGCAAGAUCAAGGCUUGUUCUCCAGGGUAACUGUACAUGUAAAAAAAUUAAUUCUUUUCUUUUCUUUUUUAUUUUUAUUCUCUUAAUUUAACCAAAGUUUAAAUAUAUCUUUAAGUUUCAGACAUUUUUCCAUGUGCUAAAAGCAGUUUUUGGAACAGAUCACCUACUCAGCUUGCCCGAUGUUACUAAGUGUGAUUAAUUUUGCGAAUACAUUCUAUUAAAGCUUCUUCAAAAGUUAUAGCCAUAUGUAUACAAACAAAAAAAGAAAAAAAGUGCGAUUUCCGACAGGGGGGAUAGAAAACUCAUUUUUUUUCUCUUUUCCUUUGUAUAUAAUUUAUAUGGCUAUAGUUUCAGUCUCCUGUCAACAUUUUUUCUCUUUUUCAGCCAGAUCAGUCCUCGGGUGGUUACAACGUGAAAGAGUGGUCAACAUUAACACUGGAUCCUGAGGUAGGUACUAAGUUUGAUUAUGUUGUUAAUUACCACUAUGUUAGCCCUAUCCACAGGAUGUUUUUCUGCAUGAGAGUGAGCACAGAGCAGGAGAAAAAGCAUGAAGCAAGAGAAAAAAGGAGUGGAAUUUUUCUCCACUACCACUCCCUUGCACUUAUGGUCAAUAUAAAUCCCCUCAGUUUUUAUUCCAUAACUAUGCUCUACGAUCUAAAAAGAAAAAAUAGAAAAUAGAGGGUCUGUGAGCAGGCAACCACAGUGUACACUAACUUGAAAAAUUUAUCAGUAAUUUUUCUUUUUCCUCUUUAGGUUGGAGCAGUUGUUUGUGGGUUUGAUGAACACUUUAGUUAUCACAAACUUAUAAAAGCAGCAAGUUAUCUUGCCAAAGACUCCUGUUUAUUCAUUGCAACAAAUCGUGAUGACAGAUUUCCAUUUAAAAGCAGUGAUGUUGUUAUUCCAGGUAUUUAUGUCAUUUAGCAAAAUAAUAUUCCUGGCCCUCCUGGAGGGUAGGGGCGGGGGAGGUAAUCAACAAAAUCUUACACAGGGAGGCUCCGCCCCAAGGUCCAACCCUUUACACUUAAAUACUGUUUUGGAGACCAAAGGUACUCCUUUCAUAUACCUUUUAUUGACAAAUGGUACCCCUUUCACAUACUAGUGUAGAAAGCUGCAUCCCCUUUAACUGCUGUAAAUGUCCUGUGUUUUAGAUAUAAAUAAAUCCCACUAAACUAGGAAGCCAUAGAAUGCACCUGUUAGCCCUUAUAGGUCCUCUCACAAACCAUGACAAUGACAGAUUUCCUUACCCUCCCUACCCUUUCUUAUCUUUCAACUAGUGAAAUCCCUACACUUUUGGGUGGAGCCUCUCUAUAUAGGCCAUAAUAAAGAGUACAAACUCCCCCCUCCCCCCCGCCCAGGCUACCCGUCCCUAACAAUUGUUUUUCUUGAAGGCCUAUCCCACUCUUCUUGAAAUAAGAGAUGCUGUCUCCUCGAUCAAAAUCCUAAUAGAACCCUUCCCCCAUUAGAGAAUUUUUUUCCCCCUUGAGAAUUUUCCUCUCUUGAGUUUGUUAUUGACAGUGACUUUACUUAGAAGGAGUAAUGAGUAGGGAAUCACUACCAUGAUGGUAGUUUAGAUAUGGGAUCUUACCCACUAUUUGUCGUGAGCCCUUUCAAUCUUAAAUUUUUCAUGUUUUAUCCCAUAAUUUUGGCAUGUGAGAGGUCAUGUUACCCUGAGCUGCAAAGGGUGUUACUGAAAUUCAAAAUGAUUCAUUCUGUAGGCACAGGCUGCUUUGUGAUUUCUGUGGAAGCAGCAGCCAGAAGAAAAGCAAAGGUCAUAGGGAAGCCAGAGAGAUAUAUGUUUGAUUGUAUGAAAUUAUGGUAAGAACAAAGAAAGAACUUAAAAUUAACUGGUCAUUCAGUGUUCAGGGUUACAUUUUCAGGCAAACUGCACAGCCAAAGACAUUUAAAUCUUGUACUCAUUCUCUACUAGUAGUAGACAGGGGGCCAUUAAAACAAAAUAGUAGUGAGAAAAGGUAAAGGCGCACACGAGCCAAAGGCCCUUUGGCCGGAGCUUAUCCCGGUUUCCUUAGUAUGAUGCAUGCCCUAGGAGUAUUGCUACUCCUCCUGGAUGGGAUUCUAGACCAUUGCCUGGUUACCCCCCAGCAGUAUGUGGCUGGUACCCCUUCAUACACCUGGGUGAAGAGAGACAAAGUUGAGUGAAGUUCCUUGUCUAAGGAAACAAUGUGACAGGCGAGGCUUAAACCCCAGACCUCCAGAUCCACUAGAGUUUGAGGUGUUAACAGCUCGGCGGCCACACAUGCCCCCACAGAAAGGGGGAGUAGAAAAAGACCCCACCACUUUUUUUUCAGUAUAACAGUGGGGAUGCUGUCUAUGUUCAAUAGUUUUGACCACUUCCCUUACUGCAUUUGGUAGUAGAAGAAUGCGGCUUCUAAUCUUAGGAAUCCUUUGAUACUUGGGUGUCCCAAGGUACUCAGGGCUAACUGGUAUUUUUACAAUUUUUUUCAUCGCUUGUCUGCCUUUUUGACACCAUUUUAAAUUGUCAUACAAAAUGUAUGUAAUACAUUCACGUGCAUCACCAUUUCACAAGGUUCAAAUCAGAUCAGGUGCAACUGUCAAAAGGACAACUGAAGGUUACUCAUUCUGAGUUCAUUCCUCAGCUCCAAACCUUUGUAGUGCUAAUUAUGUUAACCCUUUUAAACCCUAAUAUCAAAAUUCAAAUUCUCAUUUGUUGUCCCCAUAUGUUUUCAAUAGAAGCAGUGGGCAGAAUUUGUCGAAGUAUCAAUUAGAUUCAUCUUGUGUGAUCAGGCCCUCAAUUCUCAUGACCACUGUGUUUUAUAAAGCAGUGAUAUUACAAGGAGAAAUUUGACACUGAUCACUCUUAGGGCUUAAAGGGCUAAUCUAUGAUCUACUUCUCAUUGUUAUUGACGACUAUAGUCAAGUUUAAAAUAAAAGCCAUCCAUGCAGAGGUCGUAAGAGAAAUUUAAAAAAUGUUUUCAUGACCUAGUUUACCUUGUUUUAAAAUAUCGGUUGACUGUAAAGCCAAGAAAACUAGAACACACUCACUAAUCUAUGAUUGCUACUAGCAGUAAAAGUGUCUUCUUGGCGGUUGGUGCUUAACCUCAAAUAACAUUAUUGUCUUUCAUCAGUCAUGACAUCAACCCAUCACGAACCUGUAUGAUAGGCGACAGGUGAGUUAAAACCUCUGAGACACAACUUUUAUAGUGACUUAAACCCAAGAUACAAAGGCAGCUUGCCCGAGCAGUCAGAGCGCUGGACUUGUAAUAUAGAGGCCCCCAAGUUCAAGUCCUGCCCUGACCACUAGCUGGAUUUGUUCUUUGAAGUCCCGAGUUCAAAUCCUUGGCCACGUUUGUUAAAUAGCCAACUGGUUUAUCUCCUUCCUACUAGUUGGGAUUUUUAACCAGAAAGCAUGUUGUCCCUUUAUUUGUAUUUGUUAUCCCUGUGAAGCCCCAUAAGGGGAGAGGAUAUUAUUAAAGUAUAAUUUUCUUAAUUAUUAUUAUUGUAAAAAUUCCAAGAAAAAAGACAAUGGUAAAAUUUUGCCAUGGGCUUGACAUUUCAUAAAUCUUGGAAUCCCUUUACUAGUUCCUCAUACUCAGACCUCUUUUGGGGCCUCAUCACGUUCCUCCCCAUGAACAUUGUGGCUCCUAUUUGCUGACAUUGUUAGGGCAAAGGAGCUAUGGGAUGAAGCCCUGUUAAGAACAUCAGUCGAGAGUAUGUGAUACACUAAGAAUCCCUUUUCGGCACUUCACAAGCUUAAAGGGCAUGCAGCAAGUGAACAUAAGAUGCAUAGAGGAUAUUACAUGUCCUCGCAGAGUUACUAAAUUUCUCUGCGAGUGUUGAAAAAUAUUUCAUGAGUGAGCGCAGAAGAAAAAUUUCUUAUUUCCAAGCAGCCGUGUAAUUUUCUUUUUAUUAUAAAAACAUCAUUGAUUGCCAAACCAUUUCACUUAAAUAGUUUUUUACUGUGAAAGGCAUGAUGUAUUAUGUAGCCAUAGAAAUGGUGAUCUUUUCACUUGUGAAAAUAACAUGUUGCUUUCACGUGUGAAGAUAUCACGUUUUCGCGUGAAAGCCAACCCUGUAUUUUCAUUGGUGUUUAUGCAAUAAAAGGUAUUAUAACCCCUGAUCAUACUUCACUGGGCUGACAUCAUAAUUUGAUUGCUUACAUUAUUCUAGACUGGGAACAGACAUACUGUUUGGAAACAACUGUGGCUUGACUACCAUUCUAAUGCUGUCUGGAAUCUCAUCUCUGGCUGAUGUGAAAGACUGUCAGACUUCUAGUGAUCUCGAUGAUAGGAAGUCUAUUCCAGAUUUUUAUAUGCCAAGUAUUGAGGCUCUUAAAGCACCCAUAAAACAUGUCAGUAAUGCAGCUAGCUAGCAACUAGUAGGUUAGUAACUCUCAUAAAGAUUUUUUUGGGAAAUAAUCUGUGAGCUUCAUCUGUGGGGAUGUUAUACAAAAUAAUAAAGACUAAAAUAAUACCAAGACUGAAAACAUCUUUUCUGUUAACAAUUUUUUAUUAUAAAAAUGGCUCUUACAAAAUGGAAAUUACAAAAAAAUGUUCCCAGUGGCCCCGGAACCAGGGCAUCGCAGAAAUAUUUUGUUUUGUAAACUGACUAAUGUUGGAUCGUACUUAACAUUUUUACACUGGAUUCAGUUAAGUAAGAAAUUGCUUGUGCUUCUCUUGGAGUUAGCAUGCAUAGCAGUCGUUUCUGUUUGCCUUGUUCCUUCUUGUGGCUCCUCCACUUCCCCCACUUGGUUAAAAGGAAACAGAACUGACUGCUAUACAGGCUGGCCAUCUUGCAACUGGAAUUGAGCCAUAGAAUUCUAGACCAAUGUCUAGGGAACACAAUAAUACUUUAAGAAACAAUACAACACCUUUGACAUUUGGAUAUAAUAAUAUUAUUUUCAGCAGUUGCCAACGUCACCUCACAAAAAGUAUAAAACAUCUGAAUAACAACAUAAGCAACUGUUGAGAUGACUGUUGAAAAAUGCUUUGUGUUGUUUCUUAAAUUUUCAUUUGUCUCCUCCUAUCAAAAACUUAUCAAAACACCAAACGUUUCAAGGCAAAUUGAAGUUCUUGAUCAGGGCUAGCUGUCACUAAUAAAGAACAGAGGCUGGGGAUUUUCUUUGCUACUGUGGCUACUUUAAUAGAAACCAAAAGGAAACUAGAACAAAAAGAAAUUCCAAGCUGUUAAUUCUCCUCCUAUUAAUUGCAUAUACCCAGCAACUUGAAAUCUUAGUGACAGCCCUUUCUUGAUAUGAUAAACCUGUAGGGAAAGUCAAGAACAAAAACUUAACAAGGUGUAAGUUAACACUGAUAAUCUGUUACAAAAUGCCUUUAGUUGUUCCCCUUUAAUAAACCUGUACAGUAUUAUUUUGACAAAAUGUGCACUGAGUGACCUGUUUUUGUUGUUGCAGAAUCAGUUUGUCUAGGGAUCAAUAAUAAUAUCUGUAAAAAUAGAAGAGGGUCAGACGUUUAUCAGUGUCAAAUUCUUGUAUCUGCAAGGGAUAAGAGUACAGCCAAAGAAGCUUGUUACAAGAUUAAAAAAUGUAAUAAAAUAAUACAAACUCAUUUCCUUCAAAUUAUAAAGGGGUUUGUACUAUGAGGUCAAAUUCACAAAAAAUUCCUAAAUUUAAAUCUAAGGAUGUAUAAUAAUAAUACUACCUCACUGCACAGCAC